UCAGAAUCAUUAUCGAUGGCCGUCGAAAAUCAAAUCGUAUUCAAUGGAAAAUAUUCAAGUAAUAAGGAGAAACGUAAAGUGAAAAGAUUAAAGAAAUAUGUCAAUGAAAUUCUACUCCUUUCUGGUGAGGAUCCGUCACAUUCUCUGGACACUGCCGACAUAAAAACGAAGCUACACUGUCUGCGUGAAGAGGUUGCUUCACAGCCACAAAUUGAAUUCCGAACGAAUGGCUUACGAGGAAGUCGUCUUGGGAGUGAACGUAUGUUGCUUGAUUGUAAUUAA